AUGCAAUCAGUGCUAGCAGCUGUUGGGGUUGUGUAUUUUUUACUGGUGGCGAAUUUCUAUAAUGAGUCAAACGGUUUUGUGAAGUACUACAACACACUCUAUGCAGUAUGGAAAGUAAUACCGAUAGUGUUCCUCACUGUGUUCGCAGCUGUUCAUGGCGGAGGUCUUUCGAAGAGGGAUCGUAUGAUGUGCGCGUUAGGGCUGUUUUUCGGUGGAAUUGGCGACGUACUUAUUGGCUUGAGUGAAGGAGGAAUCAUAACUGGCGCGGUUGCAUUCGGGAUUGGACAUCUUUUUUACAAGACACAAUUUUGGUCUCAUUCGACAAAAAUCUACUGGCCAUUGCUGAUUGGUGCACUUGCCUGGAGUGCAAUCAUCGGUCAUUUGUGCGUUCUACCAUUACUGAAUCAACAUCCGAUUGAAGUUCUCAUCUUGUCGACAUACUCACUACUACUGACAUAUUGUGUUGCAACUACUGGAUCACAAUACAUUAAUCGAAAACGGGAUCACGAUGAAAAGGGUCUUCUACUCCGAUUCAUUGGUUUUAUGCUAUUCUUCAUAUCGGAUUCGGUGCUAAUAAUGGCUCAUCGUGGCUAUGAAAUCUUUUGGCCCGAAAUGGUCGUCCUUUCAACGUAUUACUCGGCUCAGUAUCUCAUCUUAUACGGCAAUAUCCAUACUGAGAAGAAAAUGAGCAACUCUAGCCCAGCACGAAUGCUGGCCAUCUAUGGCGGCAUGACCUACCUCGUGUACAUUGAAACAAAUGGUUUUACCAAGAGUUCACCAGCUUUUCUCCUCAGUCUUCCAGUGAUUGGCCUUUCUUUGCUCACGUUAGCAACAUCUAUGAGUCCAGAAGAACGAUUCAAAACGUCGCAAAUUCGUAUUUGGUCCACAGAACUCAGUGUUGCAGCUGGCAUUUUUCUUCUAAUAAUGUUCUAUUACUGUUUCGCUGAUUUAAUGAUGUCCAUACCUUCUUUGGUAUUGUUGUUGACUGCUUUGUUGGCUUCGUCAUGUGUGACUAUCGUUGCUGCUGGAUCGGUUUGUCAAUAUGGUCAUGUCAGUGACAACGACGCAGGCCAGGCAUCUUACAUUCGCCUUAUUGGAGCUAUAGCCCAAACCGCCAGCAGUUCUUUGUUUGUGGUAAAUAUGUUUGGCGAAAGAACGGAAAGUGUACAACAAACGCAGUCUAUGAUGCUUGGUUUGCCAUUGAUGGCGCUCUCAUUCUUGUCAUUAACGUCUUCAAUGCAACCACGUGCUCGAUUGGGCACAGCGGCCUCAUUUGCCACGUUAGAGGUAAAGCAGAAUUAUCGUCAGGCUUCAUUUAAUUGUCACUGUCGUUUCAGCCACUUAAUUGAAGAAUGGUCAAUAGCAUUAUCUAUGUUUGUCACAAUGUUCUACUGUACAUUCACAUAUAUCUGCUUCGCUGAUCUAUCCGCAUCGAUUCCGUUUUUGGUGUUUUUGCACUCACUUUCCUUCGGUUCAGCAUGUCUUUUAGUCGUUGCUGCUGGUUCUGUAUGUAUGAAUCCAACGGAAACGGACAGCGAUACCUACCAGCAGAAUAGCGGUUUUACCACAAAAUCAAAACUCCGAGCGCAGUUUGCGUUUGCAACGACAUUUGGUGCACAAGAGUCAUGGCCUUGUUAUGUGAUGUUCAGGCUGUACGUAAAGGCAGUUUUCACCGGAUUCAAGCGUGGACUCCGUACUCAAUCUGAGCAUACUGCCCUGCUCAAGCUUGAUGGAGUGUUUAACAAAGAAGAUGCCAAGUUUUACAUUGGAAAGCGUGCUGUCUACCUCUACAAAGCUCACAACAAGACUACCAAGCCUGGCCAUAGCGUUCCAACCAGAACGAGAGCAAUUUGGGGCAAGAUCACGCGAGUUCAUGGAAACACUGGAGCCGUUCGCGCUAAGUUCCACCACAAUCUUCCCCCCAACGCCAUGGGAAACAGAAUCCGUGUGGUGAGUAAUCAACAUAUGCUGUACCCAUCGAACAUCUAA